GCUGCCUUUGUUUUGAUUCCUGAUUCAAACAAAACUCGUUACUGUUUUCGCAUUGAGCUCCACCACAUUCCAAAUCGGUACCAAUUCACGAAGAAAAAUAGCACUUGCUAGGAAAUCAUCACUUCAUCACUUAAGAUAGAGCAAUGGAAGUGUUUGAAUUCAAGAAGUCGCUCCUCGCACGGCAACAGGAAGCAAUGCAAGUGCUCAACGCCCGCGGCCUAUCGAUUCCUGCAGCAGAAGUGCGCAAGGAGUGGUCCCUCUGCCUCGAAAUGGCCAUCGAACCCUGCGGUUGGCAAGCGCUCUGGCGAGUCUCACGAGUAAUUUGUGAGGACUUGGGCAUUAAAUUUCCGACCAUCGUAACUGGUACAGUCGAAGAAGUUUUAUUUGACGACCUUAAAGCUAUAUUUUUGGUAGAAUAUGUCCAGGACGAUGAUGUGCAUCUCCCGGCGAAACAAAUCGUUCCACUGGUAGAACUGUGGCCUCUCAGAGAGCAAAAGGAUGAAAACCUCAUCAUGGAUCGCACGGCGGAUUAUAUCGAUCAGGUGAGAUUCUUCUACGAACAGAUUUGGCUUCCUUGGGACAAUGACGAUGAAAACACGCGAGUUGAUUGGGCCAGCAAGCAUUUACAGAACAGAAUUAGGUUCUACUGUGACUUGAAGAAUAAAACCAUGUCGAAUCGUUUGGCUUCCCAUAUUUCCUCUCUGCUGAUCGAAGCGCGCUAUCUUCAGAAGAAGCGAGAGUUGCUCGAGAUGGAGUCAGAAGAGGAGGAAGAAGAUGAAAAUGCGGAUGAAUUGGCAACUGAUUUACUCAAGAUCCACCUUCGAAUGAAUGCGAUCAGAAACGAUAUCGAUAUUUUGGAGAAUCCUGAUCCAUCUAUGAGGGAUGUAUACGAGAAAGUACAUUUUUCUAACGCGAAGAGUUACUUCACAGGAUCAGUUCCCAGCGAGCAUGGAGGAACGGAAGCUUUCGUCGUGUCACUGAUCGGCACUAUUGAUCGACAAAUUGAGUACCUGAAUACAGCGAAGUCGUUUAUUGCUCAGAAUAAACUAGUUCGAAUAAUCGAUUCUCUUCAAAGUGUUCUCAACUGUUUCAAUGGCGGGGACGAGGUUUACUUACCGCCUGGAAGACAUGCCGUCAAGUUUCUUGAUGAUCUUGGUAGCAAAGGAUCGAUGCGAGCAAUCAAUUCAAUUCGAUUCGCAGGAACUAACGAGGAAGUUGCUCUGAACACGUCCCAAGAUGUAACAGUUAUCUGUUCAAGAGAUGACGAUUGCACACUGCUCUCGAUUAGCGGAGAUUAUUCCUUCGAGAAUGUUAUGUUUGACUGCACCAACGUCCGGAACGGCAUAGUAGUCAAAAAAGGCAAUGUGUUCUUCAAAAACUGUUGUUUCAUUGGAGAUCCCAAACCUGCUGAGAAUAAGGGAGUAAUAAUGCUUGGUGAUUCAUCAGUUGCUUUUGAAAAUUGCCUCGUGAAGAACUUUUCCACUGGUAUCUAUACCAACCAAAUUUGUAAAAUCAAGCUGAGCCACACUGUCAUUAAAAACUGCACGAAUGGUAUUGAAGCUGUGCAGUAUUGCAGAAUCAGCAUCGACUCGUCCAAAAUUACAGAUUGCAAAAAUUACGGAGUGAUGCUAGAAAUUGACGAACACAUUAAUGAAUCCCGUCAGUAUUUCGAGGACUAUAAUAAUAUCGAGCGGUCUGAAUUAACCUUCCAAGGGACAUGUGCGUUCACACACAAUGAAAAAGGCAACUUUCUUAUCUUCAAUGGGUAUGAUGAGGAUAUCUUCUUUGAUGCAAGCGGUAACAAGCAGAGCCUUGAAUGGGAACGGUUCUAGCGAGGUACGUCAGUUAGGAAAACGCAAAAAAUCAGAGGAAAGCAUCGAAGUAUAUGACUCUGCGGAAGAUUCUAUAAGAGAAGCCAAUGACUCUGUAAGUAAUUAAUAAUGUAUUCAAAACUUCUAAACGAAAUAUAAAUUUAUUUGUAGACUAUUCACU